AUGCCAACCAUUAUCAAGGAGUGGAGAUAUUAUGAGGACAUUUUAAACUAAAAAAACUUGCUUUUGUAUAAUAAGGCUUUAAGCAAAAGAAAGUCAAAUUUCAGAAGAAAUGAUUUAGGUUAAGAUGAGGAGGAUAAAGAAGAAUAUAAUUUCAAUUCUGCUAUUUAUGGAGAUUUAUAGAAUCAAGUUUGCUCUCAAGAUCAACUUAUUGAAAUUGAUAGCAAAUAGAAAAAUUUCAGCACAGCUGAUAGCAACUAUUAUCCAGAUUAGAUUAUGCUCUCCUAAAGUGUAAUUAACAAGUCACCCAUAAAUCCUAAAAAUGCUUAUUAAAGAGACAACAUCCUUUGCAAGACUAUAAGCAACCAAAAGAUGAGGCAGAAUAACUUGACUCCACUUAAAAACUAUAGAGGUGAAUAUUAGUUAGAAGCAAAAUCUUUACAUGAUAAAUUCAGCAAUCAAAAAAUAAGGCAAAAUGGUGACUAUUCAUCUGCUCACAAGCAGGACUAUCAUUAGCAGUACUAAGAUUUAGAGAAAGAGCUUGACAGAGUAUUGGAUAUGCAAGAUAACUUGCUAGAAUUGGAGAUUUUUUACAACUAGAUUGAGAUUUUGGAUGAGUUUGGAAGAGAUGAGGUAAUAAGUGAAUAUCAACAGUACAUUUCAAGUAUAGAUUCCCAACACUUAAAUGGUAGAUUCCAUCAAGAUUUGAUUGAUAUCAACAAUCGCUCAUCGAGAACUAUUUAGAGGCAAGAAACACCAAGAAGGAGCAAGAGAAACAGAAAUGGUAUUGCCAAAUUCUGA